CACGGCAGCAACUAGACUAAAAAAAGCAGGGACAAUGGUACUCAAAGGCAAGAGGCGGAGUGACUUUACAGGUGCAGACAUAACACCUAAAGAAGGUCUGCAAGGUGGUCGUAGACAGUACAGGCACAGUGUAACCAGUAGACUACCAAGAAACGUGUGGGAUGUUAGUUCAAUGGCGGCAGUAAUGCACACUCCAAUGUCAACUGAGAGUUUGUCGGAGACGCUGAGCAUACUCAAUCUAUCUGAUACUUCUAAAGAUGUAAUUUUGACUAAGUCGCACAGUUUCAGCAGUCGAGAUAGCGAGAGAGACGAGACUAAUGACGAGUACGCUAUGCGUAAACCACAAAGUCGUCGUAGAACUAGACGGACAACUGCUGAUCAUUCUUUGCAUUCGCAAAAGGACACGUACAGGGAUGGGAGCAGGUGUGAAUGCUGCAAGCCGUUGGGGGAUCUCUUCAGGCAUCUAUCGCAUUCGGGGUCGAUUGAAGAUAUGAGAUGGCAUAGGAAAAGGCCAACCGUCAUUUCCGAUUGAACAGUUAUAAUAUUGUAUACUUAGAUAUCAAUAAAUUUGGGCA